AAAUACCCUCUUGCAUGCUUAGAUUACUUGAUGAGUGUAUAUGGAGAAGGACUUGCUGUGGGUUACAAUAUUGGAUGCAAUCACAGCGGCACUGUGGCUCGGAGUCAACUCAGUGCAAAGGCAAAAUCACUGAAUCUACAAUUCUAUGUGGGCACCUUUCAUGGUUACGCCCUGUCAGGGCACCAGCUCAUUGCUUGG